AUGACAAACAAAGCUACAAGGAUACAGAAGAUUGUUCCUUUAUCCACUAUAGAGGCAGAGUACGUGGCUGCAACUAAUGUUAGCAAAGAGAUGAUUUGGUUACAGGGAUUGUUAGCAGAAAUAAAUUUUAGACAAGAGAAGAAUGUUUUGCACAAUGAUAGCCAGCGUGCGAUACACUUGGCAAAGAAUUCAGCAUUUCAUUCAAGAACCAAGCACAUAGGACUUUGGUAUCAUUUCAUCAGAUCACUUCUAGAUGAUGAGGUGUUGACACUUGAGAAGAUCCAAGGCAGCAAGAAUCCAGUUGACAUGUUAACCAAGACAGUUACUAUAGAAAAACUGAAGUUGUGCUCAACUUUAGUUGAAUUCACGAAUGGAUGCUUGGGAUAUUCUGAGAAAUCUGUUCGGGAAAUGGCCAAAGAGUUCCUGAAAGAUUAUGGAGAAAACGGAUGGCACAUCUUUGAAUAUGAUUCUUACAGGAUUCUACUUGAGCGCAUUUUGGAUAAACAAACAAAUGGUAUGCAAGAAGAGAGAGAAAAGGAGAAACUUGAGGCUAAAGAAGCAUUGGACUUGGAGGUGGAGCGCCUGAAGAAGAUGUAUAUGGAAAUCCAAGAAAAGAUGGGAGCAAUUGUGGAAAAGUUGAAGGAGAAGGAGGAUGAAUUAGAUAACAUGAAUGCGAUGAACCGAACUCUUAUAAUCAUGCAACGCCAAACUAACGAUGAACUGCUGGAGGCUCGAAAAGAGUUCAUCAAUGGAUUGCAGAAAGUGACAACCAAGGCUAAUAUUCGCGUCAAGAAAAUGAGGGAGCUUGACACUAAGCCAUUCCUCAUUGCAACCAAGAGAGAAAGGACAUCAGUGGAGCUGUGUUCGCUGUGUGAGGACCAUCCUAAGGAUCCAAGCUGGCAUCCGUUUAAGAUCGUCAUGGAUAGAGAAGACAAUGCUAAGUCUACAAAAUGGUUUGAGUUGGAUAUGGCUUUAUUGGAAGUAAUUGAUGAAGAAGAUGAAAAAUUGAAGAAUUUGAAGGACGAGUAUGGUGAUGAAGUUUAUGAUGCUGUUAGAACAGCUUUGAAGGAAAUGAAUGAAUACAAUCCAAGUGGUAGAUACGUAGUAUCAGAGCUGUGGAAUUUUAAAGAAGGAAGGAAGGCAACUUUAAAAGAAGGAGUAGUCCACAUACUAAAUAAGUGCAAAUUGCAUAAACGGAGGAGACGCUGA